AUUUGUUCGAAUCCGAAAACCAAACUUAUAUGAGGCGCUGCACUUCUCGCGCUAAAUCAGUAUAACACCACCAGCAGAAGCAGUCACAUUAAUUUUCGUGGCGAUUUGCCAGAGCAUUGAAAUGAAGAAGCUUUUUAAAUUUAUUCUCACCGUGCAGGUAUUUUCGGUUGCCUGGGCUCAAUUCUAUGGAAAUCCCGACGCAGAAUUCAUCAAUACCAGGGGAUCAACCGGUGGAACUACGCUGGAUCAGUUUAUAAUUGACGCUGCCAUUCGUCGUGGAAUGGACGGAGAUGCUGUCGCCGAACUACUGCGUACCCGUCAACCAGUCGUUCGUGUGAAGAUUGAACCACCUGGCGUUAAAAAAACGACAACCUACAAACUCGAUUCGGAUGGAAGUAUCUCCUCCAAAACACUUACCGAAAUUUAUGGCGGUUCGGUUCCUGACUCGUCCUACACACCAAAAUCAAACGGUAGAACGGUUACCAGGACAUUCACCAGUAGUGGUGGUCCACAGGCAAUUCCUAGUUUUGGUGACGAUAGCGGAGAUAAUUGGUUCGGCAGCAUCGGCCCGACACAGCAUCAUUCUUCCGGAUUUCCUCCGGUCUCGCCCUGGCCCUCGGAGUCAAGGACCGGAACACGCCAGCAAACCAAAAUAUACACGAAUAAAAAUGGCGACAGGCGCAUUGUCGAAACCAUAACCGGAGAUGAAGCUCCAACAAACUACCAUCAGACAGUCAAUACAUUCAGAGGGCCAAAUGGGGAGACGCGUGUAGUAAAAACAUUUUCCUCUCACCCAUGGGAUGCCGAAUCACCAACGGAUCCAGAGGAACCCUCAACAAUUUUGCACAGCAAAGAAGGAAACGAGUUCCCAACAAACUACCGACAGACUACGAAGACAUUCAGAGGGCCAAACGGGGAGACUCACGUUGUAAAAACAUUUUCCACUAACCCAUUUGAAUCGCAGGGUUUUCCCUCAAUCGAGUCCCCCAUUGAUGGCCCAUCGCCGGUAAAUACACGCCCCUCCCAAUCCUGGCCUUCUUUUGGUAGUCCUUACUUUCCAAGUUCAUGGCUACCACAAGAGACCAUGGGUGAUCCGGAUGAAUGGACAGUUGUGGAGGAUGACACAACUGAGAGUACCACUAGCAGCAAAUUGCCUCCGGCGACAAGUACCACUGUGCAAUCCAAAGUACUGUCCACGGAGGCCACUUCAACACCAUUGCCCAAACGAAACGAUCCUGAACUAAAAGUCACAACUCCUUUGCCUAGCUUGGAUGAGUUCUUAAAGAGUCGGUAUGGCCCGACGACGACAUCAUCAAAGAAGGAAACAGUUGCAACAACAAAAAAUCCCACUUUGACAACAACGACCCCCAAACCUAAAACACAGACUACAAAAACACCGAAUCCAUCCAGCGCAACGACCACCACAAAGAAGCCAAUCCACAUCAACAUUGAAGACUUGCCGGUAACUGAAGUUCUGCACAAUGGAAAACCGGCCGAUGAAGAUCUCAUGAAGAAGCUACCGUCUCAUUUGCAGCCAAAACUAGAUACAGGCAAUGUCUUGAGAAUUGAAAAUAAGCACCCGAUGGAAGUGGAACUCCCCGAAGCUAUAGAGCCAAAUCGUAGAGUCGCGAGCACCAGCUUCCAGGGGCCUCCCACAACGUUCACCUCAUUUUACGAAAAUACCAGACCACUUGAGUUUUCACCGCCUUUGAGUCCCAUAUCCGCUUUUCUGGCCCGUCUCAACUUGACAAAGGCAGACAUAUUAGCCAGAAGUGGCGAAUACACGCAAACAAUCGCCGAAGACGAUGGCUCGCUAUUGCAAGUAAGAUUCAUCCUGAGCUCCCCGAUCCAUAGGCCAAUGACGAAGAACAUACCAUUCAAGUAGUUGCGGUAGACCUGUGAUGAUCUCAGAAUACAAAUACACACACACACAAACAUAUGUAUAUUGUCAUAUUAAGUAUUUUCGAUUUGUCUAUUGCAUUUCGUGGAAUUGAUUUUGUUUUUCGAAUUGUUAUCAGCGUUUAAUUGCGAACAGACAGUUGGCUAAAUAUCACGAGUUGUGGCCUUUUGUGUUUGACCUCAAUGUUAGUGCGAUUGCAGUGUUUUUGUUUUACAAUUUAAAAAAGUUUUCCAUGUAGCUAAUAUUUUUAAGGCGACAUUCUUGCAAUGCCCCUUUGGGCAAGUUAAUAUGGAUCCACCACUACUGUAAUCUGGGCCUAAUAAAACUGCACCACAAUUUUUCGAUGUCACUUUUCAACAAAA